AAUGCGUUUGAAACGUGCGGACGAAUACACCAUUUGGGAAUGUGCGCGACGAGGCAGAGUAGCCAUUUUGAGAUGAUAUCGCUGUUGAGAAAUCCCGUGAAGAUGCUGAAAUCAACGAACAUGGUUACAACACAGAUUGUUUCUCCCUCCGUCUCCUCUCUUCUUUCACCAUGGCAGCUGUCAACCGACGGGACAUUAGCAAAGCGGGGUAUCGAGCUGUGCUCACAGAGUUAAAACGUCAUUGGUAUGAAAGAGGAGAGUGUCUGUACAUUGUCUCAGUCGAGACAUGAAACACCGUGAGUUCUUUUGUUUCCUGCAGUCUGAACAUCUUCCAGCAUCUGUCACAACACAACGUCUCAUUGACUUCUUGAGUUAAUUCACUCUUGUACUGGACAGAGAAGUGAAGCAGAUUUGAUUUCCAAUGGCCUCUGUGAGCCUUGUUUCCAGUCCCCCAGCCCCUGUUUUUGACAAAAACAUGACAGACUCUGAGCUGGCAGGGGACGAAAGGGAGGAUGGUGAGUUGGAAGAUGGCGAAAUAGACGAUGAGGGAAUCGGGAUAGAGGAAGAAAACAAAGAGGCCCUCGAGGCAAAUGAAGACAAGCCAAAAGAGAAGGAACGGGACAAAGCGAAAGAAAAAGAAGACAAGUCUCACAGGCACUCAAGGAAACGCUACAAAAAGACACGAGAGAAGAGAAAGUCGAAAAGGAGGAGACGGGACAGGCAAAAACAUCACUCAUCUUCAAGUAGCUCCAGUUCUGACAGUUACGACUCUGACUACGACCGUCCAGAGAGACCCAAAAACAGGCCGAGUCAUGGAUCUGGACGUGAUUGUGACAUCCAGAAUACUCAGUAUGGAAGAGACCAAAAAGCGUCACGCGGCAACAUGCACAAGUCACCGCCGCUGCCUCACAAAAGCAGCAAUUUUGACAAGUACAGUGAUUACAGCGAUGACUAUGAAGAUGAGGAGGAUCAUUAUGAAGAUGAGUCAGAGUACCACCAGUCGAAAGAUUCAAUACCCGGGCCAGGAAGAGGCCGCUAUGCGAAAGAGCAGAUGAUAGGGAAGAGGGGGAACAUGAGGGGCAUGAGACCAUUUGGGCCCAGAGGAAGAGGCAGAGGAAGUGGACCGGGAAGAGGACGGGGGAUGCUCAAUAAGAACAAAAAGAUGAAGGGCGGCAAACCCUGGAUGGGACGUGGAGGACGAGGCAGAGGGGCUGACCAGGACAUGGAAGACGUCGCUCCUGAAGUGAAAAAUUCUGGGUUUCAGAAGAAGCGACUGAUUAUGAGCAAAGAAUUUAUCAGUCAACACACAGUGGAACACAAUGGAAGAUACAUUUGCAAGUAUUUCCUGGAGGGUCGAUGUAUCAAGGGGGAGCAGUGUAAGUUUGAGCAUGAGCUGGUCAUCCCAGAUAAGAAGAAGGAACUUUGUAAGUUCUACCUCCAGGGAUACUGCAGCAAGGGAGACCAUUGCAUUUACAUGCACAGUGAAUAUCCCUGCAAGUUCUUUCACACCGGAGCCAAAUGCUAUCAAGGGGACAACUGUAAAUUUUCCCAUGAUGCUCUGACUGAUGUGACGAAAGAGUUGCUCGAUAAGUAUCUUUUCUGCACACAUGAUAAGAUCAUUAAUACUGAGGAGGAGAACGCCCGUGAGGAUGAGUUGGAGCUAGAGGACCUGAGAAAACAAGGCAUCGCCCCACUUCCCAAGCCGCCUCCAGGGGUGGGCUUGCUCCCCACGCCGGGUCAGAGCAGCCCGACAGAUGAGUCUUCUCAGGGAGGGAAGAUCCCCUCCCUAUUCGAAAUCAAGGUUCAUCCUACAGUCGACCUGGCGCAUAAAAUUGCCUCAAAUGAGACCAACUACCAGGAUUCCAAUGAAGGCACUGAGCAAAUUAGUGGCGGAUCAGAAGAAACACAAAGUGGAGCUUUGGUGUCUUCAGUCUCUGACGGCACCACACUCCCUUCCUUGGGGUCGCCAAGUUCUGUGGGUUACCCAACAGGACCACCCAUGAGCGCCCAGAGCCCUCCUGGACCGCAGCUGCCUCAUGGCUACCCAAUGCAGCAGCCAAUUCCACCUGGUCAGCCGCCAGGGUUUCAUGGAAAUAUAAAUCAUCACGUGAAUAUGCAGAGGCCUCCAUUCCCUGCAGUGCCAGAACUUCAGAUGCUGCAAAAUAUAUUUCCAUUUCCAUCGUUGGGCCAGAACCCACUUGAGGUCCUCAACAACUUGCUCCAAAACCAGCCAGCGGGCCAUCACGUAGAGCCUGCAAUGAACGAGGUCCAAAACCUGCAGCAGAAAAUUGGUCCGGAUGUUCAGUUGCAGUCUUUACCUCCAGUGGUGCAAAAAGCCAUCAUUUUACACCUGACUCAGAACCAGACCGAGUCCAAGCCACAUGAGAGCGAGCCACAGAGAGCAGAGAGCCAAAAUGAUAAUACAAACAGAGAUGAAACAACAAACUGGUAUUCCAGCGACGAAGAGGGUGGCAGUAGUGUCGCGUCCAUCCUCAAAUGUCUGAAAAGGCAGAGUGAGAUGCAGCAGUCCAAGACUCCAACACAGGCUCCUGCAGCACCUCUGGGCGACCCACGACUUGUCAAAGACAGAAGUCAACCAAGUGACCCACGUGUAAAGGCAGACCCUCGACAGAGACCUCCCGAUGUGAAAAAGGAGUCUGAUGCAAGUUUGGAUCCACGACUGUCCAGGGACCCCAGGAAACCGAGACCUAUGGAUUCGAACACCUACCGCCAGCCAAACCAGCCGACUGGCCCAAAAAAGCCUGCUGGUGAAGAGGAUGAUGAAGGAGAGAGGGAACUCCGAGACAGAGCGGCUCUCAUCCCAUUGGAGGCCAGUCCGGAUGUGGUGCUACGGGACCCCCGCUGCCAGCUGAAGCAGUUUAGCCACAUUCGGGUGGACAUUCUGCUUCAACGUCCAGCCUUCGCCCAAAUGGUAGUCUGGGCUCCUGAAGACCUGAUCCCAUCUUUGAUCCCCAAACAGGAGCAUAGCAUCAACCUACCCCUGCCACCUUUAAUCGCUGAUGCUCAGAUGAACAGAACAAGUGUGCCAGAGCAACCCCCUGCCUCCAGCCCCCCAUUGACUGACCCCAGACUGGCGGCCACUCGUUUAAAGGAUCGUCUCGCUCGUCUGCCAUCUGGAUCCUUAACAGAGAGACCUGUAGAUCCACGUCAGCAAAAGAAUAUAGACCCCAGAAUCAGGCGUACAACAAGUCUGGACUCCAAGCUGCUGGGUCAGAAGGAAGCUACGGGAGGAGUUGUAGAAGCCAGGUUACAAAAGACCAGUGCUAGCCCCUCCCUUUCCGAGCAGCUGCCACCCUACGCGCCACGGCUGGCUUCAUCUGGGGGUGUCCUGGAAAGCCCCACGACAAUCCUGGGAGGAAUCAGUCUGUAUGACCCCCGAAAUCAGACAGAGUCGGUUCAGAGGGAUCAGGUAGAACCUCCGAAAAAAGCAGGCAUUCUCAAACAUCCAGUGAAGAAAGACACUCCUUCAAAACAAGCCACCUCCCCAAGUCAAGGCCGUGUCUCUUUGGAGGAGAUGAAAGCUACGGACAAUACCUCCAAGAACGAUCAUACUCCACACGACAGUCCACAGCCAUCUUCUCAGGACUCCAUCGUCACUCCCCACGCAGUGCAUAAUCUUCCAGUCCAGGCGUUGGCAGGCUUGAUCCGACCCCAAUACACUGACGCCAGGCAGGCCAAACUGGCAGGACCAGGGUCUGCAGGGGCACAAGAGGAUGCAGAGGAACAGAAGGAGCAGAAGGAAGUUCUCGUAGAGGAACCCAAGCAGAUGGACGAGGAGGAGCUCGAAGACAGGACUCUCAAAGAUGUCUUCAAGACUUUUGACCCCACAGCUUCUCCUUUCUCCCAGUAAACUGCAUUGAAUUGCUAUCUUGGUGACACAUGCCAAUCAUUAUUGAGCUAUAAUCCUAUUUAUUCCUGUACAUUCACUUUAUACAUAUUCAUAAGUGGAUGGUAUGGCAGUGCGCAUGUUAACAUCUCUAUUUUUUAUUCGAUUGUUGAUUUGUCAGAAAGACACUUUUCCAUUUCCCUGCAGUAUAUUUCUACUUGAAUCGUGAAGUGGACUUUUAACUAUACUUAGUGUUUCAAUUUUAAUGUGUACAAAAUUGUUCUGUUAAUAUGGUCUACAUGCAUUCGAGUUGUGAAGUCCAUUAAACGUCAAAUAAUCAUUUUCAAAUAA